AACCACGAGUCCAGGAGCCGUCCCUCCAUCCACUCCACAAAAACCAUCGCCCACCGCUCCGCCACGGCACGCUCCCGACACGGCGAGCCCCACCCAAGCCUGGCCUGAGCAGCCAUGGCGCGGCACCUCGCGCCUUCGUCUGGAAGCCUCCACCGCCUCCUCGCGUCCCGCCACUACCCGCCCACCUCCCAGGCGCCGCCACCCCGCCCGCUCCUCCUCCCCAAGCCCCUAUCGGCGGCUGUGCAGCUCCCGCGGCGCGGGCGGCGCGGUGUCGUCGUCGCCGCCGCCGCCGCCGCCUCCGCGCCGUCCCCCUCUUCUCCGGGGACGGAGGUGGCGGAGGGGCCGGCAUGGGGGAAGGUCUCCGCCGUGCUCUUCGACAUGGACGGCGUGCUCUGCAACAGCGAGGAGCCCUCGCGCCAGGCCGGCGUCGACGUCUUCGCCGAGAUGGGCGUCGAGGUCACCGUGGAUGACUUCGUCCCCUUCAUGGGCACCGGUGAGGCGAAUUUCCUUGGAGGUGUUGCAAGAGUAAAAGGAGUAAAAGAUUUCAAUCCUGAAAGUGCCAAAAAGAGGUUUUUUGAGAUAUAUCUUGACAAGUAUGCAAAGCUAAAUUCUGGCAUUGGAUUUCCUGGGGCGUUGGAGCUCAUCAUGGAGUGCAAAAAUGCUGGUCUUAAGGUUGCUGUUGCAUCCAGCGCUGAUAGGAUUAAGGUGGAUGCAAAUCUGGCUGCUGCUGGUUUGCCUGUGUCUCUAUUUGAUGCCAUUGUUUCUGCUGAUGCAUUUGAAAAGUUGAAGCCUGCUCCCGACAUAUUCCUGGCAGCAUCAAAGAACUUAGGUGUUGACACAAGUGAGUGCAUUGUGAUAGAAGAUGCUCUUGCUGGUGUUCAAGCUGCAAAAGCUGCAGAAAUGAGGUGUAUCGCUGUGACGACUACUCUAGAGGAAGAUGCGUUACAAGAAGGCAGUCCCUCGCUCAUAAGAAAGAACAUUGGAGAUGUUUCAAUUAACGACAUUUUGUAUGGUGGUUCUAAUGCUCGCCACAAUGAAGGGGCAGAAAGUUCUGGGAAUAUUAGUUCCAUAGGAAAUGCUUCACCUGAGAAUCUGAAUGGGGCAACUGAUGCUGGAGUAUCUGGCACACAAAGUUCUCCAACCUCAAAAACUGAAGGGCUGUUGGGUUCUCGACGGGAAAUAUUGAGGUACGGAAGUCUGGGAAUAGCCGUUUCCUGUGUUUUUGUUGCAGUAAGAAAUUGGAAGGCAAUGCAGUUUGCAUCUCCCAAAGGGCUGCUGAAUUUUUUUACAGGUGGAAGUAGUUCAAUUUUUGUUAAUAAUGAAGGAGAAUCACUGUCAUCAAGAGCUCAACAAAUAAAGAAGUAUUUAGCUGAUUUUGAAUCAGGGGGUUCUGCCACAUAUGUUCCUGAGUUUCCAAGAAAGCUUGACUGGUUGAAUACGGCUCCACUUCAGUUUGGAAGAGAUUUAAAAGGAAAGGUGGUACUGCUGGAUUUUUGGACCUAUUGCUGCAUCAACUGCAUGCAUGUCUUGCCAGACCUGGAAUUUGUAGAGAAGAAGUAUAAAGAUAAACCUUUCACUGUUGUUGGUGUGCACUCUGCCAAAUUUGAUAAUGAAAAAGAUCUUGAUGCUAUUCGUAAUGCUGUUCUUCGCUACAACAUUACUCACCCGGUUGUAAAUGAUGGUGACAUGUACUUGUGGAGAGAACUCGGUGUGAACUCUUGGCCUACAUUUGUUCUUAUUGGGCCCAAUGGAAAGGUUCUAGCACAGAUAUCAGGUGAAGGUCAUAGAAAGGAUCUCGAUGAUGUAGUUGGUGCAGCACUUGAGUUUUAUGAAGAGAGGAAAUUAUUACAGAAUGAUCCGCUUCCCUUGGCAUUGGAGAAGGACAAGGAUAGUCGUUUACUAACUUCACCUCUAAAAUUUCCUGGGAAACUUGCACUUGAUGUAGAAAACAAUCGAUUAUUUAUAUCAGACAGUAAUCAUAAUCGAAUUGUGGUGACCAACUUGGAAGGGCAGUUCAUAUGCCAAGUUGGGAGUUCCGAGGAAGGACUGCUUGAUGGCUCAUUUGAUGCUGCCCUAUUUAACCGCCCUCAGGGUCUUGCUUACAAUUCCAAAAAGAAUGUCUUAUAUGUUGCUGACACUGAGAACCAUGCACUGCGAGAGAUUAAUUUUGUGGACGAGACUGUGAGAACACUAGCUGGAAAUGGGACUAAAGGUUCCGAUUACAAAGGAGGAGGUCAAGGAACUGAUCAGGUCCUAAAUUCGCCAUGGGAUGUCUGCUAUGAUCCCUCACAGGAGACUGUUUAUAUUGCGAUGGCUGGGCAACACCAGAUCUGGAAGCAUAACAUACGUGAUGGUGUAACCAAAGUUCUUAGUGGUGAUGGCUAUGAGAAAAAUUUAAAUGGCUCAAGUGCCACCAGCACAUCGUUCGCACAGCCUUCUGGGAUUUCAUUAGCUCCUGAAUUGCAGGAGUUAUUUGUUGCUGAUAGUGAAAGCAGUUCCAUUCGAGCUGUUAAUCUGAAGACAGGAGGCUCAAGAUUGCUAGCUGGGGGAGAUCCAGUAUUUGCAGAAAAUCUAUUUAGGUUUGGAGAUUACGAUGGAACUGGCUCAGAUGUACUACUCCAACAUCCCUUGGGUGUUGUUUAUGCCAGUGACAAUCAAGUAUAUGUAGCUGAUUCUUACAAUCACAAGAUAAAACGGCUAGAUCCUGUCACGAGAAAAGUUACGACUGUUGCUGGUACUGGACGUGCAGGAUACAAGGAUGGUCCAGGCUUGUCCGCUCAACUUUCUGAGCCAGCAGGACUCGUUGAAGUUGGAGAAGGAAGGCUUCUUGUAGCAGAUACAAAUAACAGCGCGAUCAGGUAUAUAACCCUUAGUGAGAAAGGUGCAGAGGUGAAAACACUAGAUUUGAUUGGAGUGCAACCACCAUCACCAAAACCGAAGACAUUGAAACGCCUAAGACGGCGGCUAUCAGUAGACACGGAUGUUAUUAAUGUUGAUGGUGGUUCUUCAAUGGAAGGAUUCUUGUCUCUUGCAAUUACAGUACCUGAUGGUUACCAUUUCUCCAAGGAAGCUCGCAGUAAAUUUGAUGUGGAAACAGAGCCAUCUAAUGCAAUCGAGAUUGAGCCAGCAAAUGGUUUUCUAAACUCCGAAGGGCUGGCGUCACUGAAGUUCAAAAGGAUAUCAUCAGUGUCAUCAAUGGGAAGGAUAAACUGCAAGGUCUACUACUGUAAAGAAGAUGAAGUUUGUCUUUAUCAAUCCAUUGCUUUUGAUGUCAAAUUCCAUGAGGGGCCAGAGCCCAGUCCAACACAAAUUACUCUAUCCUAUUCUGUGACGCCAAGAGAUAAUUCAGGUGGUGCGCAAUUAAUAGCGGGUAGAAAGAAUGCCAAGGUAUAGUCAGGUUCAUGUUGGUAAUUACUUGUAUCGUACUGAUUAUCAAUUCUCGUGAUUCAAAUGUAUAUAUUUUUCAAUUUGGCUCCGGGCCCACAAUGCUAACUGGGGUUUUUUGAGGGGGCAAAGUUCCAGCUAACUCCCUUGUACGUUGUAUAGCUGACAUGCUGCUUGUUACCCAGCUUCAUUGUUUUUGCAAAUCUUAUGUCUCCCUUUGCUGGGCAACAAAAUUAAUAGAUUAGUAUAUCGUAGUUCAUUGA